ACGAUGGGCUUGAGGAAUCGCGCUGCUGUGAUCGCGGUGUUAUUCGUUGUAUUGACGGCUGCAGAUGAUCAGACACGCAGUAAAAACAGCGAGGAGUCUGCCGAUAAUAAUGCUGUCAUUGAGUUACAGGAUGGGAAUACUGCUGAUGGGCAGCUGCUCAGGUUAAAUGACACCAAAAGCUCCAGCAAUGACACGGUUCAUUCCACCACACCUGUGCCCAAGCCCACGACCCCCGAGCCUCCCAAAAAUGAGCCUAUCCUGCCAGAGCAGACGGGCGUCAAGGCCCAGGAGGAGGAGCAGUCCAGCGGCAUGAGCAUUUUCUUCAGCCUGCUGGUCAUUGGUAUCUGUAUUGUAUUGGUGCACCUGCUGAUCAAAUUCAAGCUGCACUUUUUGCCUGAGAGUGUGGCUGUGGUUUCUCUGGGGAUUCUGAUGGGAGCGUUUAUCAAGAUCAUCGAGUCGCAGCAGUUGGCCAACUGGAAGGUAUGAUCAUCUCGUCAUCGCUAUAAACCACAGAUGAAGCUCUUUGCUCUGUCUGAAGGAUUGGUUUUUGCCCCGUUUAUUCCUGGUAUUAACAUCAGCCUUUGGUAAUCCAAUCACAAGUUAUCCUUUAGACCUGCUCCCAUCUCUUGUGAUCACUUGUGAUGGGAUUUCAGCAGGUUGUGGAG